AUUUACGGUGCACACUGCGCAAUCGCACAUCCCAUGACUGAGCUGUAGGGACAGAAGUAAACAAUAGUGUUGGGUUUUUUUCCUUCUCUUCUUCUUCUUCUUCUUUUUUUUUUUAAACUGAAGAAAAUUCUGCAUUUUGUUUAAAAAUGGACGACCAGGAAAUGCAGUUGAAAGUAAAGCGAGUGACGGAUAAAUUCGCAGAGAGCAUGUAUGUGUUGGCCAAUGAACCGUCCAUAGCGCUGUAUCGCCUCCAGGAGCAUGUGAGGAGGUCACUGCCUGAGCUGGUACAACAUAAGACAGACAUGCAGUGCUGGGAAGAACAGAGCCAAGGAGCAAUAUACACUGUGGAGUAUGCCUGCAGCGCCGUUAAAAGCAUGGCCAACAGCAGCCUCUAUUUUAAAAAUAUCGACGGACUGCUGAAGCAGGCAAUUGCAACGAAGGAACAGAUCAGCGGUGCUCAAGGACGCAGUAGUGUGAAACCUGUACCUAAUCACAGUGACCCUCCACCACACGACUCUUCCACAUCAUCAUGACGCAUGGAAAUCUAUAAACAAGGAAAAGAACUGUGGAUCCUGGGAUAAUGAGGGACACUUGUGAGAAGCAGAAUUCUGGGAUAUGAAGUACAAUUACAAGUCUAUUGAAUGGAUUUCAUUCCAAAGGUGAACCUCACUUCGUCUGAGAGGGACAGCCUCUUGAAUUGCAGCUUUGGCAACUUGACAGAGCCCUGAGAGGAGUGAAUGCGAAUGUGAACGCUCUGCUAGGUUCUCCAUUACAGUGCUUCAUCAAGUGUGUGAAGGAAAGGAUUAUUCUCAGUCAUAUGUAAAUAUAUUCAAGUAGCUUUAUACUGUACUGUGCUAUCGCAUUAUAAUGGGCUACUUUUAAACUGAUCUGAAAGGUUACCUAAAUAUUUUUGUUAUUGAUUUAACAUUUCUUUGUAGGCUAUACAUGUAAUUGUAGAAUUAAAAUUUGACCAAAUGAUUUUCAGUGAACGUGACUUGGAAUAUUAUAGUUGCAGAGCUUUAGCUUGAGCACUGAUGCCACUUACCACCCAGGUAAAAAGAAAUCCCAAUGCAAAACAAGCCGACAGCAACAUGCCGAAUGACCCUGCUGUCUGCCAGGAACCAUUCAGCCCUGAGGGAGAAAAGAAUAGAGGUUGUGUUCACAGAAUACAGUGCAAAAGUUUUCACUCCAGUUGCUUCUCGGUGAAAAUGGAAAUUUAUUACCUGUAUUAAACAAUUAUGCUAUUUUAAAAAAAAAUCAUGAAAGUUAAAAAUAAAAUGGCAGUCAAAAACAUUAGGCGAAGUUAAAAAAAAUAAAAUCUGACAAUGUUGAACCUCAUCUAAUCUAAUCAACUAGUUGACCAUUUUGUUGCUUGCAAGUGAAGAAACAUUUGUGAACCUCAGUGAAUUAAAUAUGGUUAAAAUAAACUUCUCUGUUGUCUUUGAAUGAUCUAUUCUCAGUUAUAAAAAUACCAAACUGUACUUUUGUUUUUGUCACUGGAGUCGUGCAGCCAAGGAUGCAUCUUUUGUGUCUUUAGUCUGUAUCUUUUAGCUGGGAAGGUGGUGUAUCUCUAAAUAAAGUACUGCUUAAGGUCCAA